AUGGCAACCACCGCCCACACCCACACUAGCGCAAACGGGAGAACCUCUCCAAUUGCGACACUCCAUUACGACCAUACUCUAAAUACGCGCACCUAUAAUUACGCUAGCGUGCGUAUGGAGGGUAUGGCAAGUGCGCACAGGAGAACGACGUCCGUCGACUCGAGCUACUCCGCCUUCUUCACCUCCGGCCUGCUGUCGCCCCCCUCGUCCCCUGCUAUGUCCCCCACCUCCCCUACUUCCCCUUCUUCUCUCUCAAUUUCACCGUUCUCUUACCCCUCCUCCGCAUACUAUAACCCUCCAUCCUCCUCGCGCCACAAUCCGAAAAGUAGCAGAAUGCAGAUGAAGGUCGACGUGAACGUAAACGUGAACGUCAACCCGAGCCGACAGCUACCGUCGACGUCGAUGCUCGAGCUCGCGUCGCCCAGCGAGGCGUACGGCGGCGACGCGCUCUAUUUCGUUGCGCUGUUACAGCAGAUGGAGGACGACGAGUCCGACAUUGGCGUAGGAGGUGAACAAGAUGAUGUUGAGGAUGUUGAGGAUAAAGGUGAUGGGGAGAAGGAUCUGCGCGAGCUGACGAGCUUCCUGUCGCUCGAUGCGUCCUCGGCGUCGCAGUAUACGCGCUCUACGAAGACGAGGACGAGGACGAGUUCAUCGACGACGCGCUCUCCGCUCCCCGCCUCCCGCUCCCACCCCCGCUCCCAUCCCCACGAUCAACCGCAUUCACCGCGUUCACCCACCGCGAGCACGACAUCCACCUCAACAUCCACGUCGGCUUCGGUAUCGCCCGUAACCCCGCCUUCGUAUCCAUUCUCGCAACACCAACACCAACACCAACAACAUCACGCAUAUCACGCAUAUCACUCGACUGCACACCCCCAUCCGUAUCACUCUGCUUCCGCUUCUGCUUCUGCUUCUGAUUCAUCAAUGCCAAUGCCAACGUCAACGUCGACGCCAGUUCUAGAUCUUACGAACACGGACGGUCGCGGUAGUGCUAAAUCGGACAACGGCGCCGGUGUCGCUAUUGUCGCUAAACACACUAACAACAACAACAACGCCAACAACAACAACAACGCCACCACCACCACCAACAACCCCAACAACACCGCCGAACGCGCCGCCGCCAAGGCGAGGACGGACCACCCGCGGUCGUUCCUGCCCUCGCUCCGGCACCACUCCCCGUCGCAUCCUCCUUCCCUUCUCUCGCCUCCCCCAACCUCACUCCACAAAAUCCCGUCCCUGGCGCUCCCCCCGCCUGUCGUGUCGUCUUUCGUGUUCGACGACUCCGAGUCUGACGAUGACGAUGACGAUGAAGGGGAAGAAGAGGAAGAGGAGGAGGAGGAGGCGUGCGCCCUCGGCGGCCCGGCUCAACCUGCCCACCGCCAUCCACAUCCACAUCAACAUCGCCAUCCACACCACCAUCCACAUCAACAUCGAGACCGGACGGCGCACCGCACGGGCGCGCACACGGCCCCGCUGCUCGCGGCCUUCCCCGCCCCGCCGCGCACGUCGCUGGCCCUGAGGCUGUCCCUGCACCUCCCGAAGACGUCGUUCUUUGAUGAGUUGGAGGAUGGGGGUGGGUUGGUUGGGGGAGAGGAGGGGGAGGAGGGAGGGGAGGGGUUGGUUGUGAGAGGGGAGAAAGAGGAGGAGGAGAAAGAGGAGGGGGUAAAGGAGGAGAGGGAGGAGGAGGAGGAAGGGGCGAGGGAGUCCUAUCUAUCCCUCACAUCGCCGACCUCGCCGCCCCCUCGAUCUCGACCUCAACCCCGACCCCAGCUUCGGCUUCAGCUUCGAACAUCUUCUACCCGGCCUUCGCAUACGCGCACACCCUCGAUCACGCUGUCCCCGCUGUCUACGCUAUCCGUCCCCAAACGCGCGCUAUCUACUUCCAAACGUGCGCUUUCCAAGUCUAACUCUGCACGACGGACGGUCGGGAGCCGGAGGAUACGUGCGCCUGCGCCUGUGACGGCUUCCGCGCUCUCCCCCUCGCUCUCCCCCUCCUUCACCCGCUCCGCGCUCUCCCCCUCCCCCUCCUCCACGCUCUCCUUCACCCGCCCCUGCACACGCCCGGGCACGCACACGCGCACGCUGUCGCAGAAGGCGCGGGGGCGCGGGAAGAGGUGGACGCAGGUGAGCACGACGUCGUCUGCGAGCGUGUCGACGGGGUACAGGACGUGCAUGCGCGCGGACGCGCUGGCGGCGCUGGAGGGCCGGGUGUGGGGGCGCGGAGGGGUGUGUGGGCGCGGAGGAGGAGGGGGUGUCGUGGAGGUGGGGGGACGGGGUAUAGAGGGAGGGGAGGGAGAAAGGGGAGAGGGAGGGGAGGUGCUGAUGAGUACGUGGUCGGACGAGGAGGACGGCGAAGAGGAGGAUGGUGAAGGGGACGGUGCAGAUGGCGAGGACCUUUGGGAGGACGAUCUCGAGGAGGACGAAGAUGGGUAUGCCGAAGAGUGGGCGGGAGGGGACGGAGGGGAUGGAGUACGGACGGAGAGAAGAGCGGAGAUGUCGUGGAUGGACUUUAACCAGCCCAAUGUUCUCGCCCCCCACUCCGCGUCAGCCACGUCGAAUAUGUCAAAUAUGGCGAACGAGUCGAGCAAGUGGGGAGGGUCAAGGGGGCUGUCGAGCAAGUGUGGAGGGUCAGGGGGGCUGUCGAGUAAGUCGGGUGAGUCGUACAAGUGGAAGUGGAAGUGGCAGUCGAUGUACUCGAUUGGGAGCUCUGCUUUCGCGUCCCCGUUCACCGCUCGUUCUAUCGUUGGAGAGGGAGCGGGAGUGGGAGAGGGAGAAGGAGCGGGAGAAGGAGUGGGAGAGGGAAGAGGAGAGGGAGUGGGAGAAGGGAGACCGUUCUCUGCGUCGUCGACGUCGUUGCCGGACUUGCCGUUCCCAUCCUCGACUUCAACUUCGACUUUGACUUCGGCGUCUGCGUCUGGGUUUCCGUCCGCGGUGUCCCGGCAUUCGAGGCUGUCGAUGUCGUUAAUGCAAGCGGUGGAGCUCGAAUUUGAACUCGACGCGCCAUCGCCCACGGCGGGGGCGGCGGGAAUGCUGUCCCCGCUCUCGCUCUCGCACUCCGCGUCGUUCGCGCUGCCCCCACAAUUAGCACAACCAGCGCAUUCCGUACAAUCGCCAGCGCAUUCCGUGCAAUCGCAGACGACGUUUCCGCUCGCGCCUUUGACCAACCGCCCGGGCAAGGGCAAAGGCAGGGGGAAGAAGGGGGUGGGGGUGCAAGCGGAGGCGGGGGAGAGGAAGGAGAGGAAGGAGGCGGGGGAGAGAAUGGAGGCGAGGGAGAGGAAGGAGAGGGGGAAGGAGAUGACGUCGUUCAUGCUCAUCGACGCCGACGAGCGCACCGCGCGGAGUGCGAGGGAGAAGGGCGGGUUCGGGAAGUCGUUCAUUGAUUUCUGA